AUGAAAUUAUUGAAAAAGGCCAAUGCUAAACUAAUAGAGCCUUAAAAGCUGGAAAACAAUAUAAAUAAAGCUCAAACAGCAAAGCAGAAGAUGCAGCAAAAUUUCAACUAUGAUUCCUUGAAUUAUUUAAUACAGGAUAAUCUUGCAAAGAUUGUUUAAACUUCUUCAUUUGUUAAUGGAUGCCAUCCAUCUAACCUUUUUGUUUCAGAUUAAAAUACUUUAUGGAUGAGUGAAAAUGGAAUGCCCUAAACUGUAGUCAUUGAUAUAUCAAAUCUUAAAACUAAAGCUAAAUUUUACUAAUGUUUCGGGUUUUAUUGUUCUCACGCUUAUUCAUCAAAUCCGUCACUCAUUAAUUUAUUUGUGUCAAAGGACGGGAUUUAGUUUAAACACUGGACUUCUUUGAAUCCAGUUUUUAAAGAAGGAAGAUAGCUUUUUGCAAUAGAUCCUAUCGGUCCAAGCUAUAAAUACCUUGAAGUAGUUAUUCAAGAAACUUUUGGUGCAAAUAGAACUUAUAUGAAUCAACUUUAUCUUCUUGAAAAGCAUCCAAAGUUUUUAUUCUAAAAAGAGCAAUCUCCAACUCCAGUAAAAAAUAAAUAUGCAAUAAAACCUGCACCUAUUGAUUUAGCUUCUCCUGUUAUUGUCUAAUCAAAUCAAGCUUAAAUCAAUGAUAAUUAAACUCAAUCCAACUAUUUGUCUAAUAAUAGUAAAACACCUACUAAACAACUCUAAAUUAGCUAUAUGGAACAUUAAAUGAACAAUUAUUUAUAAGAAAAGCAUCAACAUAAAUUGAAUAUGCCUUCUGAAAUAUAAAAUAAGCAGUAAUAACAGCUAAAUUCGAGCGCUUCUAAGAAAACUUAGACUGAUGAAGAUAGAUUCUUAAGUCAAGAUUAUUUUUCUUUGCAAAGUCAUAAUCAUACGAAGGAUAAAAACAAUCUAAAUUUGCAAGGCAGCCAGCCAAUGAGAAAUAAAAACACUCCUCACUUUAAUUAGUUUAAUAUGCUGAUUGGAAGUCAAAAUCAAAACUAAGAAACUGAAAAUACUGAUUCCCCAGAAUACUAUUAUGACAUACUUGAGAAUGUAUAGAAUAAUUUUAAUGGUCUAUGUGAAAAGCUUAAAACUCUCUAAAAUGAGUUUGAAAGUGUAUAAACCGAGUUUUAACAAAGUAUGAUAAAAUCACCAAUUAAAGAUCCAUCUAUAUUACUUGGUUAAAUUUCACAUAAUAGAUUCUAGAAUGUGUAAUAGCAAAACUUAAAUUUCAACUCAUAGUUCUAACGUGAAGAUUUAAAGGUUAAUGGCUAAUCUGAAUUAACUAAAGAGCACUUAAAGAAUGAGAUUAUGUAGGAGUGUAUGACAUUUUGUAAGAAUCAAAUUAUCUAAUUGGCUUCGCAAAGAAACUAUUAGACUAGUUCUGAUCAAUACAAAUUAAAGAGUCCUGAAAAUUACAGCCAUAGUAACAUCUACUAACUUAAUUAAGAUCAAGUCAAUAAUACUCAUCUUGAGUAGAAAUUAUAGUUUAUUAUUGAAGAUUGGCAAAAGAAAUUUUUUGAUGAUUACGUUUAGCCUACACUUUAAAAUCAAUAUUAGCAAAUGGAGAAAAAAAUUAUUAUGAGCAUCGAAAAGAAAGUACCCUAGCCUUAUUUAUCAUAGCAGCAAGUCAAUCCGUCAUUUAAUAGAUGUAGUUCUUAAAAUUUAUCGACUUAUCAAGCAAGUCAGGAUAAAUAAUAGCUAAUUCAUAGAUUCAAUAAUGAAUAGAAGCAUUUGCAGUUUUAGCAGAUGCAUCAUUAAUCUUCUUAGGAAGAUUAUCAUAAGGCUACAGAGUAGAUGUUUGACUAGAUUGAUCCAAUGUCUUCAACAUCAACUCUAUGUCAGCCAGUAAAUCACUUGAAGGAUACUAGUGAACUUAUGAAUAUCCAAACUCAAGAAGAUAUAAAGCAGAUAGCUUAAUUGCUCUAACAAAAAUUAAGUGUAAAAGCACAGAAGUUGAGGAUGCUUCAGCAAGAAUAACUAGAGACUGACAUUAAUGAUGACAUAAGGUCUUUAAGAGAUGAUGAUCCUGAUUUCAAUUGA